UAUGUGAUCAAUUCAAGAGAAGACAUCCUCCCGAGUUAUGACAUCGACCAGUAUCGAAAUCUGGCAUGUAUGAUAUACGUUUUUGGCGAUCUAAAAGUAGUUUUCCUAUAAACUUCCAGUGUAGUGAGUGCGAGUUUAUCAUGAUGAUCAUGACGUCAUACCGGACGGAUUUCUGCCUGCUUGAACGCCAAUAACUCAAAGAUACUCAUGAAAACAUGAAAUGACCAACGGAGUCGAUAGACCAUCACUCGGAGAUGGACAAAAACAAUAUAACCUUCAAAAUGGGUUAACCUUUCCGUUAAUGUUUUGGGGCUGCAGGUAACCUAGUGGUUAGAGCUUUUAACCAGUAACCAAAAGGUUACUAGAUCUAAUCCCCGAGCUGACGAGGUGAAAAAUCUGUCGUUUUGCCCCUGAACAAGGCAGUUAACCCACUGUUCUUAGGCCGUCCAUUGUAAAUGAGAAUUUGUUCUUAACUGACUUGACUAGUUAAAUAAGGCUGAGGAGUAACACACAUCCCCAUGUGCUCCACAGUUACUUGCUGUACAACUUUGAUGAUAGAGCUAAAUAUGCGCAUUUGUCAAACAUAGAAUAAUCGGAAAUGUGUAGUUCUGACUAUGCUUUCCAAGAGGUGAUGAUAUUACAACCAAAUAGUUCAUGUUUAUUUACCAAUACCUUGAAAACGGCAAGCAGGAGUCAAUGGUUUUAGCAGAGCUGGGGGGUCUUCUUACCCGCCAGCAGGUAAAUUGAACACUGCACUUUUUAUUGAUAACGACCAGCAAUUUUGACUUUGUGGUCGUGGUAGCUAGUGAGAACCGUUUGCGCUGAAAUGUGACGCAAUCGGUAAGCGACGGCAAACUAAUGAGAUGGAUUGUUUGAUCACACAAGUGAGAGUUGUUUGUCAUCGCUGAAACUUGUUUGACGAUUGCAGAAAUGUGCUUCUUCCUUGGCUUGUAAGGGGUAACCCCUGAGAAGGACCUCCAUUCGCCACCCUCAGACUUCAGUCUGAAACUGUCAACUAUCUGGCCAGCCAGGGUGCAGCUCUAGUCCAGGGUCCUUAUCCACCCACAACUCAGGCAGAAAUUCCAUCUACUGGGGGGUCCCUGGUUCAGUGCCCCUGAGGGCUGGGACCAGCACUCUGGGCCAGAAGCAGCUGUGAAGGGAUGGGGUAGUAGCUAAGGACAGAGCCAUGGUUCAUAACGUCUCAGUCCCCCAAACACCACCUCCGGCACUGGUGGGCACCAAUGGCCGCUCCUCUGGGAGGAAGAGGACACCCAAGGCAUGUGACUGCUGUGGGCCAAACUCUAAGCACCACAAUGGGAAGGACCCACAUGGGAAGACUCCAGGUGGCAAGCCCAGACAACGCAGGGCCCAUCUGGGGAAGGGCAGGGGCCAGGCCCUGGGGGAGACCCCCAAGAGGACGGGUGGUCACCACUCUUCUGAGAAGACCCAGAUGUCAGAGGAGCAGGUAACAGCCAUCCGACAGCUGGCGAACGACUCAGUUGUGGAGGAGGUAACCAGCUCCUUGGCUCCAUUUGUAACCAGCUCUGUCGGUCAACCUGUAAUGAAUGUUGUGGCUCAACUUGUAAACAACUCUGUCAGUCAACCUCAACCUUUAACGGACUCUAUGGGUCAACCCUUAAUGAACUCUAUCGGUCAGAAGUUAACGUACACUGUGGUUAAACUGGUGACCAAGUCUGUGGUUCAACCAGUAACAAACUCUGUGGUUCAACCUAUAAUGAAGGCUGUGGUUGAGCAUGUUCCUGAUUCAGAGAUGGAGCAGGAGAAUGGUUGUGGUUUAGACAAACAGCCGGUAACCGACUCUAACACGGAGGUCAUGAAGCAGCCCCAGGCUGGUGACGCAGCUGUCUCCCUUUCCAACGGUACAUUGGCUGUGCCCAACGAGGAACCAACAGACUGUAGCGCCCCUAUGGAGGUGGAACCAUCAGCCACAGCCUGUGUUUCCCCAGGCAUUAUGUUAUGCAGCACCCUCCACCCCUUCGCUCUGUGGGACCACAGAGAUUACUGUGAGGUGGGAGUGUGGGCUCCAAGCCCUGAGCCAGAGGAGGACUGUGUCUCAAACCCAGCACAGCAACCCAACCCUGAAGACGACAUCCAUGAAGAAAUCAUAGACCUUAUACAUGAGUUCCUGGCGUUCUUCUAUGUGAAGUACGGGAGCUUUAUCCCCCUCAGUGAGACUGACGUCCUGGAGCAUCUGAAGAACAAGUGUAACACUGACCUCCAUGACAAGAAGCUAAACAUCCACUCGGAAAUGAUGAAGUAUAAAGCGGGUCUCGCCUCCACCCCUAUGAAGUGCUUCAAAGUGGCCUACAACAAGCACACUCUGACCCUGGAGGACCUGUCCACACUGGAUGACCAAAACUGGGUCAACGACCAGGUGAUAAACAUGUAUGGAGAAUUGAUCAUGGAUGCUACACAGAACAAGGUUCAUUUCUUCAACAGCUUUUUCCACAGGCAGCUGGUGGCCAAAGGCUACGAAGGGGUUAAGAGAUGGACCAAAAAGGUGGAUCUGUUUUCUAAGAGGCUGUUGUUGAUUCCUAUCCACCUGGAGAUUCACUGGUCCCUGAUCACAGUGGACAUAGCCAACCACCACAUCCACUAUUACGACAGCCAGGGCAUCGUCUUCAAAUACACCAUGGAGAACAUCCUGACUUAUAUCCUGGCUGAGGCCGAGGAGAAGAAACAAGCUGCAUAUCAGAAAGGCUGGAAGACGAUUAUAAACAAGGGUAUUCCUCAACAGAAGAACGACAGUGACUGUGGAGUCUUCAUUUUGGAGUACUGCAAGUGCCUGGCAUUGAAAGAGCCGCUGCAGUUUACACAAGACGACAUGCCCAAAGUCCGCAAGAGGAUUUACAAAGAGCUCUGUGACUGUAAACUGAAUGACUGAUCAACCCGCAGUGUCCCAGCUCCAGAGAGAGUACACCUGCCUUUUCAUCCAGGACCGUGGGCUUUAACGACUGUUUGACCCUUAUUGUGGAAGGGCCAUUAAUACUCUAAAACAUGACGAGCCAAGAAGCUGAAUGAAGUGCAGUGGAAAUGGGACGCGUUGUUUGACUGGCGACACGGAGACGGUGAAAACAUCCAUCUGUCCUUCAGUAGAGGUCCAGCGUUGGACUUUGUUUUUAUAUUCCUUGAUAAUGAGAGGCACUUUUGAAUUUCUUUUUGAGUUGACGUUCACAAAGUUUCCACUGCUGACUGACCUGGAGCGAACUCUGCUGGUAGGUUUGAGACCGAUAAUGGACCUAUCCGUGUUUUAUAACACGUUUCCUAGCUUCAGUUCUUAAACUGUAAACAGGAGAUUAUAUGGGACAGUAGGUGAAACUUGAAGGUUCUUGUUUUAUAUCAUGUAGUGUUUGCCUGACUAGUGAGGUAGAGAACAAUAACUCAUCGAAGGCUAACGUUUAACUGAAUAUACUGUUUUAAUGUUAAUUUCAAACCGCUUCUUAGUUCUUGAGAAACUCCACGUUUUGGCAUCACAAACAGCAGUUUGUUAUCAGGGAGUUAUGAUUACCCAUGAUGCUCCACUCAGAAUGGCUUCAUGAAAACACACACCUCUUCCUGCUUCUGUUGAAAAUAUGCUGUUAAAACAUUGUGCAUUUUGACAUUUUAGUGUACUGAGAAAGAAUUUAAUGCUACUGCUGUAGAACCGUUUCUAAGCCUUUUAUUGUAUGAGGGCCCGGCCCACUAUGGUCAUCUUCCUCAUUGGAGGAUCACCCAUCUGAGGGUGCUGGUCCACAGACCGUUUGUAAUUGAGAAAAUGCUGCUGUAGAAAUUGCUGAAUCCCAUCUAUACUAUCUGUCAUUAAUGCACAUUUCAGCCCAGUGUAAACCUGGUGCUAACAUAUGCCUUUUGUGUUGUUGUCCAUUUUUAAGACCGGUGUAGAUGAUUAAAAUGUCUGGAUGUCAAUCAAGUGUGAACAGAUCUGGAUGUUCAAAACCAUUUAGCUUCAGUAAUUCUCUUUUAAAUAAAUCACUUUCUAUAA